AAUCCGGUACAAAAAUAGAGAUAGAGAUAGGUAAUUAGUAUUCAACUGAAAAAAAUUAAAAAUAGGACAACACACACACCAACAACAAAGAUCAAUUGAUUGUCAAAAUUGCCGAAUCCACGGGUCAAUCGGGCGGGCAACCUUGGCUCCUGGAGCAAGAAUAUUUGAAAUCUCAAAACUUCUUCAGUAGUACGUUCUGUACCGGCGAAACUCCUUCCUUUAUUUGUACUAUUUGUAUUGAAAAAUGUCGCACAAACAAACGCCUUACAGCCCGAACUUUCCGGCAAGUCAAGGUUACGCGCCUCCAGACGAAGGCAACAAGAAGAAUGAGAGCUAUCCUAUGCAGGCUCAGGGUGGUUACCCAGGCCCUCCACCCGGCCCAAUGCUGCCGCCAGGAGCUCAGCCGUUGCCUGGCAUGCACGCUGGCUUUCAGCCAGGCUUCCAACCUGGAUUCCAGCCGGGAUUUGCGGCGGGGUAUCCACAGCCGCAACCUGGUUAUCCGCAUCCGCAGCCUGGUUACCCGGCCCCGGUUAUCCAACAACCAGCACCAGCGCAAGGUCCUGGUGGUUGGAUGACUAUUCCGCAAGCUCCCGCCAAUUGUCCGCCCGGUUUGGAAUACCUCUCUAUGAUUGACCAGCUGCUCGUGAAGCAGAAGGUGGAACUGUUGGAAGCGUUCGUCGGCUUCGAGACCAACAACAAGUACACCGUGAAGAACUCCCUCGGACAGAAGGUGUACUACGCGGUGGAGGACAACGACUGCUGCACGAGAAACUGUUGCGGGCCCAUGCGUCCUUUCGAUAUGAAGAUUAUGGACAACUUUAGGAACGAGGUGAUCCACUUGCACCGGCCUUUGGCGUGCGACUCGUGCUGGUGCCCGUGCUGGCUGCAGAGCAUGGAGGUGACGGCGCCGCCGGGCACCGUGGUGGGCUCCAUCGAGCAGGAGUGGUCCAUCUGCAAGCCGUGCUACGUCAUCAAGAACGCGGCGGGCGACGUGGUGCUGCGCAUCAAGGGGCCCUUCUGCACCUACUCCAUCUGCGGUGACGUCGAGUUCAAUGUGUACUCCAGAGACGGUGAAACAAAGGUGGGGAAGAUAACCAAGCAGUGGUCGGGGCUGGCUCGGGAGAUGUUCACCGAUUCAGAUUAUUUCGGGAUCACGUUCCCGAUGGACCUGGACGUGAGGAUAAAGGCGGUGCUGCUUGGAGCUUGCUUCUUGAUUGAUUUUAUGUUCUUCGAAAAAUCGGGCAACCAAGAGAGCGACGGUCCAGGAAUGCUUUAAAUUUAAGCGUAAAACGCACACAGAUUUUAUGUAAGCACACAAAAUGUUACUUAUUAUACUAUUAUUCUUUAUGACAUAGUAUGUAAUCAAUGUAUGUCAUAUAGUGGUUGUUCUUAAUUGGGGUUGUAACGCAGGUUUUCUUUAUAUUUUUGAAUAAUAUUGAAUUGUAAAGGAUGAAAAUGUCCACACUUGACUUAAAGUUAGUCACCUAUAAUACUCGCUCGCACCACUAUUCGAACAUUAUGCAACCACAUUAAAUUCCUAAUAUAUAAUAUGUUAAAACUAUAACACAAAUGCUAGAUAUUAAAUAUAAUAUGUAGAAAAAAAUUAAUUAUUUUGUAUAAAAUAAUAUAUGGCUACUAUUUUUUAUUAAUAAAUAAAUAUAUAAUACAAUACACACCAUUAUCACAAUAUCUGUAUGUAUUGAUUUAUUUUUUAUAGCUGUGCCUUUUAACUUGACUAAUUAAUCAAAAUGUAUUGUGUCUACUGCUAAUAUGCCGAUAUAUUAUAGCGUUAGAGCCAAAAAACUUCCAGGAGUUCAAGUCUUUCUAUUUAGACUUGAGACAAUAUACUCGUCCAUUAAAUUAAAUAGCAAAGCUACUAUAUUCAGAUAUUUAAUUAUUUGGUAAUUUUCAAUUUUCGAAAACACUAUUUAAAAGAAAAUGUUACAACCCUAUACUUAUAUAAUAAGGAAUCUCGUAUGCGAUAUAUUAUUACCAUAAAUUAAGAAAUUAAAAUGUAACAAUAAGUCUUAUAUUGGAAUGUUAUACAGUAUACUAUUUACACUUAUACUAUUAAUAUGAUUGUUUUAUAUGCAAAGUUUUUCAAAUAUAUAACUUGUAUCGCUUUAAAUUUUACACGGCCUUAUAUAUUAUUUUGCAUUUUUUCUAGAUUUAAGAUUUAAUAAAUAGAUAUGUACAUUUGGCAUUGAACUUCUUAUGCCAAGUUGUGAAAUUACUAAAGCUAAACAAAGGGACUGGCUCUGUGCAGCUUUAUUAAAUUUUAGUGGUGAUUUUCUUAUGAAUUAUAGUGACAGCUAUUUUCAAAAACCUUAUACUGUCAAGUAGAUCUACGCUCAGUGUAGGGUUCCGUAGUUGGUGAUCGUUUGUACUCUUAGGGUCACAGCCCAUUAGAGCUACUCGGCACCUGUUCAGCGAGGUUUUUUCUAAUUUAAUUUAAAUUCAAAUUAAAAAAGAAUUAAAAACAACAUCCAGGUUUUAAAUCUUUAGUGUGAUAGAAAAUAAUAUCGCGAGAGAAUUGCGUAAAAAAUUUAUGGCCAGCCCUUUUUCUGUGCUCUGCGAGAGAUAUUUCUGUUUGUCCAGGAAUUUUUAGGCAACCUACUCGCUUAUUUAAAGACAGCAACUUACUAGCAAAUCAUAGAUUGGCUGGUCACAUUAUAAGACAUUUUGUUAAUAAAUUUUUGACUUCCUACAGGCCUCAUCCCACUCAUCUGUCAGGAGCUUAGUGUCUUGAAAUUAGUCUUGAAUAUUUUGAUAGAUGUGUCUGAUACACAAUAAUAUAGAAAGCGCGGUAUAGUCUAUUAAAUAUAUACGAGUAUAUAGAUCAGGAAAUUUUCUGAUCUGUCUGUUCUAUGGGAUUAUAAACUCGUCAGGCAUCAGAAUUCUUAUAGAACAAACCAUAUGAGCGGAGUGCCUUUAUGCAAUGGAACAAAUGUUCUGCCAAAAAAGGCUUUUGAUAAGUGUCAGGCCUAAAGGUUAUUGAAAAUGGCUGCAAAUAAGUUUUAUUGGUGCAUAGUGGUGAGACCACAUCAAUAUUUCGUCAUAAAUUCUUUCUAAUUGUGAAUUAAAUUUCAUUUUACUAGUCCCACAUUCUCAACAGGGUUACUGCAAAUAAAAUAAACAUAACACUCGAAAUUAUAAUAUGCAUAUAAUAUAUACUUCUCACCAGAAAAACGAAAAGGUUUCAGACAGUACUUGCGGACUGUUUCAGUUUUUUGAUGAGAAGUAUAUUUGCUACAGAAUCCGUUAUUUUUCGUGUUACAUUUUUAUCUAGUCUAAGUCUAUGCAAAAGUACAGUUUUUUUGUUACAAAUGUACUGUAGUUAUUAUGUAAAGAAUGCCUCAGUGUCAUAAUUUUAUACAGGAAGAAAAUUUUUUUAGUGCGGAUAUUUUUAUAUUUUGUACAUAAACAAAAUUUAAUGAUCACGUAUUUUUUCUUUUUUUUUUUAACUCAAAAAUAACAAAAUUAUCGUUAGCUAAAGUUAUUUACUUUUGAACAGAAUUUUAGGGUCACCCUAUUGUGCGUUUAUUUUAUUUUCGUUUGAUACCUAAAGGACGUCACCAGAUCACUUUUAAGCUGAAUAUAUCUUGUUUAGUAAUAAUAUGUACAUUAUUUUGUUAUUUUAGAGACAUAAAUUAAAAAAAAAAUUACAUAAAAUGUAUCGAACUGUUUGUAGAUUUAUAUUCUAUUAAUGAUACAGAACCACGAAAAAAAAUAUCCGCACUAAAGACCGAAUCACCCUGUAUACUCGACGUUUUUUUUCCUAUACAGCAUUUAGCAAGCAUUUACGUCAGUUAGUAUGUCUUUAUUUCAUAAUGAUAAUCUUUCAAUGCAAAAAUAUUGAAUUUCAGAAAACAUUAUUUUUAAAUUGAGAUUUUAAUGGACUCUUUAAUCGCACAAAAAAGUAUACUUCUCAAAGCAGUAUAGUGAUAAGAUUAAUUUCAAAUCCAAUACACUUAUCCUUAAGGUUUAAGUUAACGUUCAUUUAUAUACGAGUAGUUACCUUCGCGGCAACCAUUCGAAAAGCACAGUUAAUGAUUUUUAAAGCAAAGGGUUGCCAUAAUUUACGGCAUUAAUGGUCUGGUGACAGAAGAAAGGAAUGAUCCCUCAUGAUGACUGAGAAAUUGUCAAAAGUUAAAAUUAAGUUUUACAUUUGGACAAUUGAGGAGUUGGACCCUUGAAACCGGCUGCCUUCCAAAACCACAGUCCAAACUUCAUACUUAGCUACCGUAUAACCGACGAAAUACAGGGUUACCCUAAAUGACUGCAACGCCUUAAUUAUUUUAUUUUCUACUCUUUUGUGUCGUACUAUACUUACGAGUACAUACGAGGACCAUACCCAAACAUUUAGACUUCGGAAAAUGAGGUGUGGGGCUAAAACAGACCCUCGGCCUAUAAUUACUGCUAAUAUUCACUGAUCUUAUGAAAUUAUACCUACAGAGUUUUGACGUAAUUAUUAUAAACAUGAAAGUGGCACAAUAACUCUGCGUUCCUAAAAUAUUCUUGGUACAUUUUAGAAGCUUAUAAUAAAAUUAAAAUUUUAUAAAUAUUUACAAAACGGACCCUGUAGUAAAGUGGCCAAUAUAUUGUGCUUAGCAGUUUUAUGCUUUUAUUUAGUGUAGAAUGUUUACUAACUGAUUUCAAUGAUCUAAAAGAGCUUUUUUGUAUAUUUUAUAUUAUAAGUUUGAGACCCAAAGACUUCUAUAUAUACUCAGAUGCACAAUUAUCCGCCCACUUUAAUAUACUCCCGUCAUAUUAAAGUGGGCGGAUAAUUGUGCCUCUGAGUAUAUUUUGCAAUUUAUACAGCCGUGUAUUGCUAUACCCUGUGGCUUAAUCUCAGAUAAUAUAUAUUAUACUGUCUAAUAAUGCAAUGGCAUGAACAGGGUCUUGACCCAGGGUAAGCAUUUUAGCAUGUACAUAAAUUAGUCUUCUAAUGUUUACAUUAUUAAGUACUAGCCUACUAUUACUGGGCUAUUGAAAUUGGGCUAAUGAUGAAUGUAUUACCGAAACUAAGUGGACUAUUUCAUGUAAGUGGGUAGUGAACAUAGAAGUCUUUGCCUUAACCAUAUAAUUAUUUGCAUGUCAGUGUCAUUAAAAAUUAUUGUUCUUGUCUCUGUGUUAUUGUCAUGUAAUUUUCAUGUUAAAUCUUUCUUGACAUUGUUUUUUUAUGAAUAUAUUUUAUUACAAUAAACUUUUAUAAGUAUGAAUAAUAA